UUUUCCAAACUUCGAAUUUGUUGGCAUAUGAAGUUGUGAUUCCAGUUUCUGAAUCGAUUACUCUGGUUAAAGUCAACGCCAAGACUCGAUUUACUACUUAACAACAUAUCAAAUUACUUAUAUGAGGUACAGUCAUGGUGAAUUUUAUCGACGAGGAAAUAGUUUUGGAUGUAGUUGUGAAGACGAAUAUCCACGAUCCAACAGUUUUGAAAAUGGGCCACAUGUACCUUAGUCUGGUCCUUUGUUUGGACGAAAAAUGUACAGGUACAAUCCUGGGAACCUUUCUGUAUUUUUUGCACUAAAUUAAAGAACGUCUGUACCGUAUUUUCCGACAAUCGGCAUGCCACCAGGAAAAUGUCUGCGAAAAAGAAACCGGGAAGAUCGGAGUGGCUAAGCUGCCAAGUGUGUGACAUUCUGGUAAGCAGCAGGGACUGGCCAAAACACAAGACACAGUGCCCUGGCAGCCGAGGGGCCACGGAGCAAUGGGGUGCGCCGACUUCGACCGUGUUUUUCCCCGACCGCAGUGGGGCACAAGACGGCAGUGAUACUAAUGGCCGACAUGGCCGAGGGAGAAGGACCGACACUACUUUCCACCACGGCUUUGUUCGCUCUGGAGUGCUAUAUAGUGAAGUGUGCUUGCAGGCUGAAAAGGCAGGCAACGAGAAGUUGCCUUCCUCUAGCCAUCAGCUGAUGGUCCACCUCAACCCUGACACCAUGAGACUCUGCAACCUCUGCAUUGGUCGGCCUGCCCUCCUGACUUCGCUCAGGUCAAAGGUCAAGCUGAUUGCUACCGCCUGGCCAGUGGCCAACUUCCCAGCAGCCAGCGUUGGGAUCAACGGCAACCUGCAGAAGGUGAACGGGGUGGUGGGUAACGAUCUGGUGUGCGUCAAGGCUGUGGAAGGUCCUAUGUUACUUGCGGCAGACAUAAAACUGUUUUCUGUGCACCAGGGGAAGUUUCUCCAGUCUCUGGACUUUAAGAAGUACUUCCUGCGAUCUGUGGAAGGGAGGUGCAUUUUGCCCGGGUCCAUCCUGAGUAUCAGCUACUAUGGCAAGCCUGUUUUGUCCCAAGUCAUUGAAAUCACCCACAAGGACGGAACAAUGAUCAACAUUGACCAAUCACCAUAUAGAACCCAGCCACGAUUGAGCAGCCAGUCAGAGUCAAUGAUAUCAGAUGUAAAUUUUGCAGAAGGAAAUUUAAACUUGGAUGCGUCCCUGAAUGCUGAAAACAGUUUUCUUGGCAGGAGUAACCUUGAGACCGGCAACAGUUCAAGGAAUUCAAUAAAUAAAAAUGCAGGAAGCCUCAAUUCAAUCAGUGAAAUGCAGUCUUUGCUGUCUGACAGUAUGGAUAGUGGGAGUGAAGCAUUGCAUCAUUUCAUAUCGAACUUUGUGGAAUCAUCAAAUUCACCAAACAUCUCAACUUCAACUCCAAAGAAAAUCAACUCCACAGCUGGGAAUAUGCAGGGGCUUUCAGAAUCUUUCCAAGAAUUGGAAAUAGGAGUGUUACAUGUACCUGAGGAUGGUCCUUCAGGAAAGUCCAGUAGCGACAGGACUAGUACCCAGGAUUGUCAGCAGCUUGUCUUCAGCAGCAUUGGCACGAGCACCAACCUGGUUUUUGUGACGAGGCUUGAUAAGGACAAAAGUUUAUCAGAUGAUGAAGCCAAGCAUGACUUGGUGACCUAUGAUAAGAUUGGCGGGUUAUCCCGACAGCUGAAAACCAUUCGAGAAACACUGGAGCUACCUCUGAAGAAUCCAAAAUUUUUCAAAUCUUUGGGUGUUGCCCCACCACGAGGUGUUUUAAUGUAUGGCCCCCCUGGGGUGGGGAAGACAAUGAUCGCUCGGGCAGUUGCCAAUGAGGUAGGAGCCCAUGUGACCAUCAUCAAUGGGCCAGAGGUCAUGAGCAGAUACUACGGAGAGUCCGAAGCCAGACUGCGGAGCAUCUUCCGGGAGGCGGCAAAGAGCGCCCCCAGUCUGAUCUUCAUUGAUGAGUUGGAUGCGCUGUGCCCACACCGUGAGCGGGUGCAGAGUGACCUAGAGAAGAGAAUUGUGGCCACCCUGCUGACCCUCAUGGAUGGCGUGGAUGCGCUGGCCAGCAGAGGUCACCUUAUGGUGUUGGGGGCUACAAACCGACCUGAUGCUGUGGACCCCGCCUUGAGGCGCCCUGGACGAUUUGACCGUGAGAUUGAGAUUGGAGUGCCCAACGCUGGGGACAGAGCCGAUAUUUUAUCAAAGUGCCUUCAGCAUGUGCCGCACACUCUGACCAAGGCCGAUAUAACUGUGGUGGCAGACACAGCUCAUGGCUAUGUUGGGGCUGACCUAGCGGCAGUGUGCAAAGAAGCUGCCAUUCAUUCCUUUGAGAGACUGAAGGGAACUCUUAGUGACUCUGAACUGAAGGACACUGUCUCAGUGUCAUCUCAGGAUGUCCUUCUAGCCCUCAAGACUGUUAAGCCCAGUGCCAUGAGAGAGGUAGAAAUCAGAGUUCCCCGAGUUCAUUGGUCAGACAUCGGUGGUCAAGUGGCCAUCAAACAGAAGCUAAAGCAGGCAGUGGAGUGGCCAAUCAAGCACCCAGAAGCCUUCCAGCGCCUGGGUAUCACCCCACCCCGGGGCAUCCUGAUGUAUGGCCCCCCGGGCUGCUCCAAGACGCUCAUUGCCAAGGCACUUGCCACAGAGAGCGGGCUCAACUUCAUCUCCGUCAAGGGUCCAGAGCUGUUCAACAAGUGGGUGGGUGAAUCAGAGCGAGCUGUCCGUGAGGUUUUUCGCAAGGCCAGAACGGCUGCACCGGCUAUUAUCUUCUUUGAUGAGAUAGACGCAUUGGCUGUCGAACGGGGAAGUUCCUCCGGAGGGAGUAAUGUAGCCGAUCGAGUCCUCGGCCAGCUAUUGACGGAAAUUGAUGGCGUGGAGAAGCUUCAGGAUGUGACCAUUGUGGCUGCCACCAACCGGCCUGAUAUGAUCGACAAGGCACUGCUCCGUCCUGGUCGCCUGGAUCGAAUUCUCCACAUCACCUUGCCCGAUUCCCAGACUCGCCGAGACAUUUUCCAAAUCCAGUUCCGCAUCAUGCCCAUAGCAUCUGAUGUGGACGUGGAAUCACUAGUGGGGGAGACAGAGAAGUACUCGGGAGCUGAGGUCGUUGCGCUGUGUCGUGAGGCCGGUCUAGCUGCUAUGCAAGAAGACAUUAACAUUGACAGUGUCUGUGCUAGGCACUUCAUGCAAGCACUGCAGACGGUGCAACCACGCACCCCAGACAAGCUCAUCCGAUUCUACGAGGAUUACAUAGAGACAAGUGGCCUCCACAGCAUAUGAAGAAAGGUGGCUGGUUUUUGAGUAAUUUUUUUUUUAAAUCACAGCUCCUGUGACCCAUUUGUGGAGUACAUAUUCAGGACAUGUUGAAUCAUCGGGGAUCAACCCUGCCAUGCUUCUUUUGCAAGCAACUCAGGGUAGUGUGAAGCCUUUUUUUCAGAUGUAAUGCAAAGUGGCACUCCAUGCUAUUUUGGUUGUUUUUCCAAGGAAAUUGUCGCGUGUCAUUUUGGUGAGAAUUAGCAAUUAAGGGUGCUCGCUGAGCAUGUUUGUUUAACGAGCCGUUGAGUACCUAAACAGCCAUAGCUGUAGUGAACAAUUUUUGAUGUGUCUGAGACUAGCCUGUGAAACAAUGACAAAUACAAGUCACCAGUGUUGAGAAGCAUCCGGAAAUAUCUCUGAAGGGUUGUCAGCCCUUUUUUGAUAAUGUGCAUUGGUGUCGAUGGAACACAAUCUGAGUAAACUUGGUGGAUGUUUGCAACUUUGUGCUUGUGGAAAGUGCCCCAGGACUUUUAGCAAUUCAUGUGCAAGGUAAAAAGCUUUGGGUUGUAAACGAAACAAGUUACUGCCAUUUGUCCUAACAGAUCACUGUACACUCUCCGUGUAUUGUGGUCAAGUGCUUGCUCAAGGACACAAGUUCCCCAAUGCACCGGCGCAAUUAGAAAUCCUAGUGAGUCAAGCAUGCAUUCCAGCUCAGCAAGAUACAGUUUAUUCAUAGCCCUUUCAUGUGGAUGUGUCACACUCCCACUUUUGUGGAAAACUGAAGUUCAGUCACAGUGGUACGCCCAGUUCAUUUAUCAGUUUAUCAUUUUUCAAGACAGUUUGCCACUGUACUCUUUUCCUGGGCUGUUUCAGUGUCCUCAAAAACAAGGCUUCGUUUUCCCCUGACAUCAGGAAGGGCACGACCUCGCUUGAUUUAUGUCCAUCCGACCUAAAAACAUCUUCACCUCUUUAACGCUCUCCAGCUGGAACUGGAAGUCAUGUGUGUUUAAGACUAUCACCAGUUAAUCCCAAAACAGAACCUCAUCGUGUGCCUAUAUAGCGCCCCCACUCUUGGCUAUGCCUUCCAUACUCUUGUACUUCACUCUUGCUCACUUUCGAUCACAUGGAAGAAAGCAGUAAUGUGAAGAAGAAGUUAAGCCUAUAUGUAUAGCUGAAAACAGAACAGCCCAUUCAUUUUCAUCGGUCAUGUCGAUGUCGAUCUGUUUCUCGAAUAAAAAAGCAACGAACUAAACACAACUAGUUUGUUUUGUAUGGCGCAGUG